AUGGAUCUUUACUCGACUUCCUUCGCCCUUCCUCGCUCCAUCGGUUCAGGCAGCUUCGUCUCCGACCCUGCCACUGCCAACGACAAUGCUACUCGCUCCUCCUCCACAGGCUUUGGCGCUGGCAUCCAUGCUUUGAGGUCCAGCUCCAAUGUUGGUGCGCGGCCCGCAGCUCCAGCCGCAUCAGCUGCUCCUGAGCCUCCUGCCUCUUCGCUUCCAGGUCGAUUCACAUCCAUGCGCUCGCGCUUCCCUCCUAGCGUCAAGGCUUUCAUGCCCAGCGCCUUUGGCGGCAAGCGCACCAACGACAGAAUCGUCGAAGCGGUCGGUGCCGAAAAGGCCGACGCCGACACCGCUGCCGCAGCAUCUGCGAGCAACACACAGUCUCGCCCCAGCAACGACAUUGAUCCUUCUGCGCCGCUCGCUCCCAUCGGUGAAAGAGGCAAUCUACGUCCAUCGAAGCUUGCCAACUUGGAUGACCCCCUCGCCAGCAGUCAGCAUCGAGAUAGCAGAUCCACCGUGGGCACUCGUUCCAGCUUUGACAUUUCCUCCUCAGCAGCCUCGUUCACUGCUGACAGCACCGCGCCCAGUAGCGCCAUCGGUGGCAACCCUUCAAGCGCAACGCAUUCCGCAUCCAACUCCAUCUCGGCCGCUAACCAGCAAGAACGUGGCAUGACACAGUCGCAGAGCAGCAAGGAUCUUCAAGAGGCCAUUCACAAACUCAGCUCGGAUGUCAUGGCCAACCAUCAAUGCCUUGUUUCAUUCGCUCCUGUGCCGCAGCCAGACGAGUCUCGCAUGCCACCCACACCGCUCUCGCAUCCUUUCCCUCGUCAGAGCUCCUUCUCAUCCUUGCAAAGCUUGGACCAGCUUCCCUUCCCUAACCCUAACAACUCGAGUGGCAAUUACCAGCAAUACCACCCUCAGCCCAUCGGCACUCCCGACUCGCACUCGUCAGCGUUCUUUUCAGGACGCAGUGGCAGCGAAGCACUUGGCUCGGGCUUCCCCGGUCUUAACGGCAGCUCGAUCUCGCUUUCCUCGCUCAACCCACAGUCUGGUAGUCACAUCGCUCAAGAGGUCGGCCUUUCUUCCGCGCAUCCCCUUCGAUCGCCCAACCCGAGCACCAUCGGCGCACCACGAGCCAGCCUCAGCGGUGUCAGCAAGCCACCGCAGUACAACUUCCACCUCAGCGGUGGCUACCAACAGGUCAUGAACGCUCGAGGAACCAUCUUGCGUGAGAACCCGUUCAAGUCGACUUCUUCCAUCAAAGUGCCCCGUGCCGACGUCUUUGACGUGGCUCCUGGCACGUCGCCUCCGGGCAAGGAGACCGUCAAGCCUGAUGUUUGUCGCAAGCUUGACGAGGUGCAGACUGCAACCGGCGCCACCAUCACUCUCAAGAGCAGUGAGGUUCGUGGUGCUGAUCUCGGCUACGGGCUCGAGACGGAGCGCAUCGUGGAAGUGCUCGUUUCCGGUCCCUUUGAGAGCGUAGAGCUCGCCCGAGUCAAGGUGCUCGUCAUCUUUGACGAGAUCACUGGUCUGCGAUCUGAGCUUUGCGAGAUCGACUACAAGCUUCACAACAUUAUUGGCGGUCGCAAACGAUGCGUUGUUCAGAAGAUCGAGGAAGAGACUGGCACCAACAUCUAUCUGCCCAGCUCUUUCCUCGGUACUUUUGGUUCGAGCGUUGCAAGCCGAGGUGCAGGUGUCGCAGCUCACCAGAACCAGAUCCACAUCACCGGCGAGUUCUUUGGCGUCCAGCGUGCUCGCGACAUGCUCUUCCAGGUUUCCAUGCACAAGAGCAAGGGUAUCAUCUCUAGGGAUGCAGCCAUCUUGCCACGCAAGCUCGAUUGGAUGCUUACCGAGCGUCUCGAGGAACUGCGAUCGAUUAUGAUCGACAACGGCACCUUUGUUGCGUUCCCUCUGCUUGGCAGCCAGGCAAGCUUGAUCUCGGUGUUUGGUGACCAUCGCGUCAACAUCGAGCGCACCAUUCGAUCGAUCAUGCAACUCGCGUGCCAGUUCUACGUCGCUUCGCUCUGGCUCUUGCCCGUCGGCUUUGACGUCUAUAUGCCCUCGCAGGCCAACCUCAACCCGACUCAGGUUGCGCCUGUCCUCAAGCACGUUAGCAAUGCUUCCGGUGCCGAGGUUGUCUUCAAGAGCAACUGCUUCGAGAUUCAUGGUCUCGAGAGUGAGGUCCGCACUGCGGUGUCGGCGUUGCUCGAUCUGGAUCUGAUCAAGAACUUCAACUUUGAAGUGCGCUUCCAGAUCGAGCUGGCGAACGAGCAUCGCGAGUUCAUCUCUGGUAAGAAGAAUGGCAAGGUGAACAAGGUCAUGAAGCAGUGCGGCGUUCGCAUCAAGUUCGAGACCUUCAACGACUACAACUUCUUGAUCGAUGUUUCCGGCAACGAUCGCAACGGAGUGUUGCAAGGUCUCGGGCUCUUGCAAGAGGAGCUGCCGGCAGAGAUGUCGUUCCACGUGCCCGAGGCGUACCACAAGCGCAUCAUCGGUGUGGGAGGUAAGAACAUUCAGCGCAUCAUGAAGAAGUUUGGUGUCUACGUCAAGUUUAGCAAUGCUGAAGAGUUCGCCGCAUUGGGAGGCUAUUUAGAUAACGAGGACAACGUCAUUGCAAGGACGCCAGCCAAGAACGCUGCCAAUCUCGAGAACCUCAAGCUCUCGGUCAUGGAGCUGGUCAAUCCCAAGGACAAGGACUACAUCAGCGAGACGGCCACCAUCUCGCGACGAUACCACCGCACCUUGCUCGGCGAGAAGGCCAUCUUCAUUCACGACAUCGAGAGCAAGACGAGUUCGAGCGUGCGUUUCCCUGCGCGCGAGUCGGCUUCGGAUCUGGUCACCAUUUUCGGGCCUGAAUCGCAGAUUCAUAUUGCUGCACAGAUGUUGCUGGAUCAUGUGCCCUUUGAGGCCGAGUUUAGAGCGCCUAACUCGACCGAGUUGGCUCAAGCGAUCCAAUCUGCCGAGUUUUCCGCGUUGACCGAGCAGCUGAAGCGCGAUCUCAGCAUUGCUGUGUCGCCCGUGAUUGAACAACGAAGGCCUGGAGGUGAAGCGGUCUUCAAGUUGAGACUCUACAGAAGCAACACCGACUUCUUGCCAACGGCCAAGGACGCCAUCGAGGACUUCUUGAUCAACCGCAACGCCAACAUUUAUGCUGCUCCUUCGAGGACUCGUUCGGAUUCGUUUGCAUCGGCGUUCCCUCAUUUUGCUAACAAGCUUAUCUCGACUGCAGCGGCUGCCGAGUCGAACGAGUCGUUCCACACUGCUGCUGCUGCUGAGCAAGCACGUGUCAACGAACGUCGCUUGCGAGCAGCUGCUUCGACCCCAGACAUAAAAGCUUUGUUCGACUCCCCCGCACAGCACCUUCACGGCGGACCUGGUUUCCCUUCGAGCAACGGUGCAGGUGCUGCUACGGCCGCCAACUCGCCCAUGAUCACCUCUUCUUUGUAUGCUUCGCCGUACGGCAACGGACGUGGUUUUGGCAGCGACGUUUGGGGUGCUCCUACGCGGGCGUUCACCACGAGCACUACGAGCAGCAUCACUCCGAGUUUGAUCGGGUUGCCACCUCCUGCUGUUGGCACGCCGGGUGCCGGUAUGCCAAGUCCUGCAGGACCCGGUGCGAUUGGUGCGAACGUGCCUGCUGCUAGCGGUGGCAUUCAGUUCCCAUCGCAGCCACUGCAUCAUCAGCAGGCUGGUCCAUGUCUGUCGGACGAGCUUCACAUGAAUCGUGGUUUGGAGGGAAUGUCGAUGGACGACCGUGUCAAAGCACUUCGCAAGCCGAGAUCGUUUGCACACCGCGCUCAGAGCCUCGACAUUGGUGCUAUGGCUGCUCAACAAGCUUCGCAGCAUGCUAGCGGCAGUCUCAGUGUUGGGCCCUCGACGCCGUAUGGACUGGGACCAAUCGGUACCGGCGCGCCUGGCAUAUCAUCCAACCACUUCCCUGGUAUGGGAGGUUCGCAAUCGAGCUUCAACGCUGGUGUACCUCACCAUCUCUACCAUCCACCCACACCUGGGCAACAGCAGCCUCAGCAACAGCAACAGUCAGGAGGCGGGGCGCCGUUUGGACACCAGCAUCUGCACGCUUCCUCAGCCAGCAUCUCUCGUCUUCCACCCGGUCGCAACGGCCAGAACCCAGAUCCAACCACAAUGGAUGAAGUGAGCCGUGUGCUUGCACAGCUUGCUUUUGAUCGCGCCUAA